AGCUGCAGGUCGUAAAUUGUUCUGCUGAAACUUUUUCUGUGCACAGUUCGUGCUCCAAGCAGUGGAUUCUUCCUUAUUACAUUCCCACACCUUUUCUUCAACACAAAGUCUUUGAAUAAUAACAACAAAAAUGAAUCCAGAAAGAAUAAAAGCUGGUAAAGCAGUGGUACAAGUGAGACGAAGGAGAAGACAUGCCAGGGAUGGCAUUCGUAUGCAAGCUCAUCACCAAACACUUCCAGCGGUCUUUCCCACUGGAGUGGUAGCAGAACAUGGCCAAAAACAGGUUGCUGACAUGAAAGAUAAGGGCGAAAGAGAAAAAAAAGAGAUGCAAGUAUUGAAUAUAAAGCUUGCCAACGUCCUUGAAAAAAUACGUGUCGUAGAUGCUGAAAACAAACAUCUUAAAGGCCGCUUGGAAAUUAAGGUUGAUUUUAGAUGUGAUGAAAUGAAGAAACUAUACGAAGAUCAACUGGAUGACUUGAAAGCGCGCCAAGUAGAGAAUGAUAAGAAACUCUCAGAAAUACAAUCCAAAAAUGAAACGCUUGAAGAAUUAGUUGAAGAUUUGAGUGAACAAUUAAGCCAAGUGCAGGACGAGAGAGACGAACUACAAGUCGAUAUUGCCGGGUUACACGAUGAAGUUUCCCGCCGCAUUGCAGACAGCGAAACAUGCAAAAGGAGAGCAGGUGAAAUGGAGAAACAACUUGGUAACUGCAAGGAUAGAAGUGUCAUUCUUAGCGGCCAAAUGACUGAACUUAGAACAAAAUUACAAAACGAAACUACUCAAAGAUUGGAGUCAGAUAAGCGCAUCGAGGCGCUGGAAGAUGAACUUGACUUCAAUAUAGACGUUCAUAGAGCCGAGAUCAAAGAAUAUGAAGCACUGAUAGCAAAACUAAAGAAGCAGUGCAAUCUUCAACAAGUAAAGGAAUCCGACGCUGGAAAUACAGUUGCUGCUUUAAGUGUCGAAUACGAAGCUAAGUUGCAAACAGCUAUUGCUGAUUUGCAACGUCGUCAUGCAGAGGAGAUAAGGAUGAUGAAGAUAUCUACCAAGCCCAAAGGAGAUGUUGUAGACGCGAGUAAGAAAAGAGAUUUACGGAUGGAACACACCGAUAUGUCAGCUAAAAUGAGCAAAUAUGAAACUGAGGUAGCAAAUUUGAAAAGAAAAAUUAAGCUUCUAGAAUCCGAGUUGGAGGAUAGUGAAAACAAACGUGCAACUGAAGGUGAGAAUUACAAGGCCGAAAUUACUAAUUUGCGUCUGGAGCUAGAGCUAAUGUUGAAGGAAUUGCAAGACCUGAUGGAUGCUAAACUGUCUCUGGAACUGGAAAUUUCAGCAUAUCGCAAACUUCUCGAAGGCGAAGAGAGCAGGAUAGGCAUGAAAUCAUUUGCAACUGCUAUUGGUGGAUUUCAAACAGAGGCUGAGUCGGCACUCGCUAACGCACUAGCAGCAAGUAAAAUGACUUUGAGUCGCUCUACAACUGGCGUUGUGGGCAUCAUUGAAUUAGCAACCGAUGGAACAUACAUUAAACUUGAAGACGUUGGAAAGUCCUCGAAGAGUGCACCAAACAUGAAGAACUGGACAUUGACCCAAACCCUUGACAAUGGCACGAUUAACACCCAUAAGUUUACCGAUGGUAACGUGUUUAGUUCUGGCAAAAUUGUGAAGAUUUGGGGAUCAAAACACGGUGCUGGAGAAGAUGGCAUAACAUCUUCCGCUGUCGCUCAAUGGGGAACAAUGGCUAUCCCGUCAACAAUUUCUUUGAAAGACGACAAAGGCAAGGAAUACUCUUCAGUUGUUAUCAAAAUAAACUCGUGAAGUACGUCAUGUCUCAGCAGAAAAACUCCGGUUUUGUUGCAGUUAGCACCGACUUACAGAAAAUCUCUUCUUUUCCCAUUAAAAUAAUAAUUUCACUUGAAAUACUAAUUCUAAAGUAAACUUCUGAACGCUUCACAGUUUCUGCUUUAAUAUUUUUUCAUGAUUCACAAAUAUUUCAGAUAAUUACAGAAAAUAAGAGUAAAUUCAUUUGUCAAAUCCAAUAUAUUUUACAAUAUUGUUUAAAAAAUUAUCAAAUAUUAACAAACGCUUCAGCUUGAUACCUUUUGUUAUCGUAAUUUCAAUAAAGAUUGUUACCUAAAUAAUAUAUCAUCAAUGUAAAGUGUGUUUUGCUUCCAAAUGUUUUGCACUUAAUAGUAUUUCACAGUAUAAAAACACAGAAUUUAUGCAACACACACAAAAUUAAUCGAGAAAAAUAAGCAACAAUAUCUUGUGAAAAUAUUAAGCUUUUUCCUGAAUUAGGGACCGUUAUUUGUUAUUCUUUGAACAACCUUGUACUUUGUAAUUCAAUUAAAUUGUAUGAAAAAAUGGCAAUAAAAUGUUAUUAAUAUA